AAAAUACAAAAAAUGUUCGCUAGACUCUACAACCUUUUCAACAGAUACGAAGAGGAAAGAAGAAUCAAGGGUGAAGACGCCAUCAGAAAUACUGAAGAUGAUUAUGCUUGUGCUGAAUCAUACGCCAAGCACGAAGCUUCUUUGAAGCCAGUCGACAAGGUUAUUGCCGAACAACUCGCUGCCUUCAACGUUGAUGGUAACGCUCUCACCACCAUUGAUAACACUGUUAGUUUUGCUAACGCUGCUGCUUUGGAAGCUACUCCAUACUCUGUUCACAAUGAACAAGCUAUCCAAGAUAAAAUUCACAAGAUCAUUGAUGUUCUUCAAGAAAAGACUGAUAUUGACUUCUCCAACCCACGUGAUGCUUUGAACAAAUUGAGAGCUGAUUUAUGGGAUCCAUCUAAGACUGUUGAAAAUAGUUAUUGGGGUGUUGUUAGCAAGGAACUUAAUAUUAACCCAAGAGGUGUUGUUUUGGCUAUUCCACCAGAACUCUUCAACAAUACUAUUGGUAGAGGUGACUCUGUCAUUGGUGGUUGGCAAGACGCUGCUGCCUAUGAUCCAAAGGUCCGUGAUUUGUGGUUGAAGCAAGGUUUGACCAUUCAAUUCGAAAAGCCUUUGGCUGCUAAAUUGCAAGGCAACCAAGCUGUUUUGUUCGGUGAAGAAGCCGCCAAGAAGCUCAUUGAACAAAAGAGAAAGGGUACUGCUUAUCACUAUGGUUUCUUGAAGAAUAAGAUGGGUUCAAAGGUCUUCGUCGGAUUGAUGGUUGGUUUCACUCUCUGGGGUUUGACUUUGCGUUUCCAAGUUCAAAACUGGAGAGAUUGGAUGUAUCAAAGAAGCAAGUUCAUUGAAAGAUUGUACGAAUUGGAAGAAAUUGGUGUUUCCACCCCACAAUCUGAAAAAUUGGAAGCUGCUCACCGUGAAUGGUUGACUCACUACUAUGAAGAAGAAUCUGACGAAUAAGCCUUCGGCCAGAUAAAAUCACUAAUUUUUAGGUAAACUGUAAAUCAUAAAAACCAUAGGGUUGUUUUGUUUAAUG